AUGGGCGCCGCGAGCUCGAAGAAGAUGGCCGCGAACAAAGAGGCCAAGCUCGCGGUCGCGGUCUCCGGGAUCUUCUUCGCGUUCUCCUACUUCGCGGUGCUGCAGGAGGACGUGUAUCGCGCGUCGUACGCGGUCCCGGGCGCAGGGCGCGGCGCCACGGAGAAGUUCACGUCCACGUUCCUCGUCCUCGCGGUCGAGCGCGGCGUGAACGCGCUCGCGGGCGCGAUCGGUCUCGCGCUCGUGGGCGGCAGCGGCAUCCGAGUCCCGCGACGCCAGAUCCUCACGUCCGGCGUGUCGCAGAUGCUCGCGAUGGCGUCCGCGAACGAGGCGCUGCGGUACGUCUCGUACGCGACGCAAGUGCUCGGGAAGUCGUGCAAGAUGGUCCCGGUCAUGAUCGGCGGCGUCGCCGCGGGGCGAAAGUUCCCGCGCGCGCAGUACCUCCAAGUCCUCGCGAUCACCCUCGGGGUUGCGGUGUUCAACUUUGGGAAGAAGGCGUCGUCAUCGGGGAAAGGCGCCGGCGGCGACAGCGCGUACGGCCUCGGCCUCAUCGGCGCGUCGCUCGUCAUGGACUUCGUCACCGCGUCGUUGCAGGACCGCGUGAAGAGCGCGACGCGAAGGCUGAACCCGGGUGAGAAGCACGCGAAGACGUCGAUGUUCGAGUCGAUGUUGUACACGAAUGCGUCCGGCGUCGUCGUCGCGCUCGCGCUCGCGGCGCGCACGGGACAGCUGUCCUCCGGCGUGGCGUUCUGCUCCCGGCACCCGGAGGCGACGCGCGUCGUGAUGAAUUACGCGCUCGCGUCCGUCGUCGGGCAGCUGUUCAUUUACUUCACGAUAACCGAGUUCGAUCCGCUCGUGUUGAGCGGCGUCACGACGACGAGGAAGAUUUUCUCCACCGUGUACUCCGUGCUUCGCGACCCGGAUCCUAAAAACGCGCUGACUCGGACGCAGUGGACCGGGUGCGGCGUCGUGUUCGCCGCGUUAGGGUACGAUGUCCUGGAGAAGUUCGUGAAGGGUGGGGGGAAGAAAAAAAUCGGCGGCGGCGGGGACGGCGAGGCGCCGAGGCGGAGCGCGCGGAAGAAGGAGUUGUAG